AAGUUCAGGUUAAGAACUCUUAUGAAUCAGGACAACGUGAAAGAAGAAGACGCUGGUGUCAUACGAUUUAGCAGGCUUGCGGGUAAGUCGGAUGAAGUGGGGUACUCUGACCUGUACAGUGACAUAAGUGAUCGCUAUGACUCUGCCCUCUAUAACACAAUCACUGCAGACGACUUUUCCAGAGAAAGAACCGGAACCGGAACCAGAAACAAUUCACAGCAUUGUCCUUGUGAGCGCAUACCGGAAGUGGACACUUUGACAAGACAAGUAUCCCAGAAUACUUUGCGACCUAAAAACAAGAUUACAUUAGAAAUUCAGCUAGAAGGUACAACAGCGACGAGUGUUGAGCUAUUACCAAAGGGCGGAGACGAUCAGUCAUACCUACAUGCUAUUACCAACAGUUAUCUUUCCUGCUAACUUUAGAAAAAUAAAAGCAUGUGAACAAAAGAGCUAGAAAUAUUUGGACAGUAUGUCAUUGACAAAGACUUGUUUGUUUUCACACUUCCUUAUUUAGAACAAUAUGUUCAGACUAGAUUCAUUUCCUUCGCUGACAAAUAUGUAAAUUACUCAUACAUUAUAAAGUAAAUGUUUAUACUCAUGUAUAUAUGACUAAACAAUCUUUAUAUACAGUCAUUGUCGUUGAAUGCAUUUAUAACCAUGUUCAUGUGUCAAAUCAGAACAUUGUUUUUUGUGCCUUUGUUUGUUUUUAAAUACAUUGUACAUGUAGCGUCCAUUGUCUAAAGUUUAACGUUUGUACUGAUUGCACAUUUUGUAAAGUGUUAGUAGGCUACCUAGUAGGCCAUCAAACUUGUCUAAUUUUUCAUUGCGGCAUUUGCAUUUUUACUUUUGGUUAUUUAGUUGUUACGUCGUCACAUUACUUUUCUUUUGCAGCUUUUGAACCAUCGGCGCAUCAUUUGUAAAGUAGCGCUUUGCUUUUGGAAAUGUGCAGAUAUGUUGAUUACAUCCAUUAAUUAUGAAAAAAGAAGAAAAAAACUGCAUUGUUAAAUAGAUCAACAAUAUUAACAUUAUGAUGUUAUUUUUUUUUUGUUGUCAUUCUUUUUCUUGUGUAUACAUGGCUGUUUUUUUUCUGUCGGUUAUAUAGCAUAAAUACCCGGUAUGUAAUUAUCUUUUGGUUACAUGGAAUAAAUCUUCAAAAACAA